CACACACACACACACACACACACUCAGGCCCCUCCCUCUCCUCCUUGCGGUGGAGCUGCUGCAGCGUCUCUCUGCAUCACAUCUUCUCAGUGAAAGCAGCCCAACGCCGUCUCCUCCAUUUCUUCACCUCGACUCUCCUCACCUCCUCCUCCUCCUCCUCCUCCUCCUCCUCACCUCCUCCUCAUCUCCUCCACCGCUCCUCGCUCCUCCUCUCUCCCCGCUGCCCGGCUUGGCGUCUGGGACCUCCUGCCGGACCCCCUGCAGAGACACGAUGAGCCUCACCCUGCAGCAUCCUCUGGAGUAGCAGCAGAGAGUCCCGCUCCCAGCAUCGUUUCCACACUCAGCCUCAUCUGUUCAGCAUCAUGGCGGCCAGCCAGCAGCCCACCAGCAUGGAGGAGCCUCAGCCAAUCAGCACGCACGUGGACGCAGACUCCGCCGUGACCUCUCAGCCGCCGAGCUCCGAGCACGCGAUCCCGGGGGACGGCGCCGAGGAGGGGCACGGCAUGGACCACCUGACGGUGAUCGGCGACGCCGCGGACACAAGUAACGGCGCCGCUCCGGGAAUGGCCGACUCGUCCCCCACGGCCGCCGCCGUGUCGCCCAUGCUGGGGGCCAAGCCGGGCGGCGGUCACGCCAACGGACGGCCCCGCACGGGCAGCCGGUCCGGCUCCAUGGCGGCGGGCUCGCCCAGGCCCUCGCUCACCCGCCGGCCCAGCGCCAUCACGGAGGCGGCCGCGGACGGCUCCAAGCCCCGAGACUACCUGCUCCUCGCCAUCCUGUCCUGCUUCUGCCCCCUUUGGCCCAUCAACAUCGUCGCCCUCACCUUCUCCGUCAUGUCCAGAAACAGCCUGCAGCAGGGGAAUGUGGACGGCGCCCGCCGUCUGGGCCGCAACGCCAUGAUUCUGUCCGUCGUCUCCAUCUUAGGAGGGAUCGCCAUCAUCGCGGCCGCUAUCGCGCUCAACUGGGGACUGAUCCUGAAGUCCUGAUCGGAGCUCCACUCCCCGCCCGACUCUGAACGUCACAUCUCUGAAGCACCUGAAAAU